UUGGCCGGUUGCUGGUGGGUCGGAUCGGCUUUGCUGGGCCACGCCCCUGGGUCCUGAAACCGUCUUCCCUGGCGCGGGGGGGCGGGGGUCCGUGCGCCGUGACGUCACGACGCCGGUGCCUCCGGACGCCGGUGCCUCCGGGCGCCGCUGCGCCGGCGACUGGGGCACGGAGGCUUUCGCUGGGCUCUUGCGGACCCGCGGCUCCGGCAGUGCGAGAACAUGGGCGCUCAGCUGGGCGGUGGCCAGGGCGCCGCGCAGCCGGCACAGCCGGCGCAGCCGCAGCCGCCGCCGCAACCCCAGCCGCCGCCGCAGCCCCAGCCCCAGCCCCCGCCCCAGCCUGCGGCGCCCGAGGGCCCUGGGCGGCCCGGGCCAGAGCCCGGUCCCUGGGGGCCGCUGGACGACGUGCGCUUCCUCAUCGCCUGCACCUCUUGGUACUGACUCGCCGCCCUCUGCUGUGACCGCCCGCCGCCUCCGGUCAGGCCCUUGUCGUCUCUCCGCACCUGCCCCCACCCCGGAGACGCGCGGAGAGUCGGGGAGCCCGCGGGGGACUGGAAGGAAGCCCCCUCGGCAGCCUCGCCUUGGGGCACCGCCUCGCCUCUGGCCCCUCCCGCCACCCCAGCUUUGUUCGCUUCUCAGCCUGCGCCCAGGCCGGCUCCGACCUUCCUGUUCAUCCCCACCCCACAGUUUCUCCAGCCGUGUGGGUCCCGGGGCAGCCUUCCCGGUCACUGGCUUCCAGAACCAGGCCAGGGCUCUUGGUAAGAAGACUCCAAGGCUGCUGACCUAACCUCACCUCGUUUUUCCCUGUUGCCAAGAACUGGACCCUUGUUUUUGUCCCUGGUCAUGGCACCAUGUGCCUUGACUUCAGAAAAGACCUUGCCGCAGUGAACCUGCCCUUACCUCUCCUGGGAGAGGUUGCUCUGCCGUCCUGGGUGCCACCCUGCCAUUAUUCGCCUGUAUUUCUGGGACCCCAGUAACAGAGGGCCUCCAGGGCCGGCCUUUUGGAGAGAGGAGGCAUCUGAUUUUUGGGCCCGCACGUGAGAUGCGUGGGGCAGCUCCCAGACACCCUAAAGCACCCUGUCUCCCAGGAGCUUCUUAAGGCCACCCAGAAUCUGAUCCUUGUUCCCACAUCCCAGGAAAAUGACACGCUCUGUAUUUUUGUUUUAUUUAGAAAUGAUUUAAAAAACAUUAUACAAAGGCUGAUCAGUUUAAAAUGUGACUGACACUGAAAUGCUGUGAUGUUCCCCAGACUGAGGGGAAGCUGGGCUCUAGGGCCCCCAGUGCUUUGCCCCUCUGUCUGCUCUGUCCUGGGAUGAUGGACAAACAGAUGACCACAAGGCAGGAGAAUCCAUCAUUGGAAGCCUCCAGGCUGAGCCCUCUCUGGGCCUGGCCCUGCAUCCCUCACAUCUGCAGCCUGGGCUGCCUGCCUCCAUCUCCUGCUCUUUCUCAGCUGACCUCGGUAGUACCAGGAGCCAGUGGGGAACCUGGGGGGCCUAGAGCUUUCAAGAAGUGAGAGCACCAACCUGAGGAGUGGAGAGGGACUGGGAAGGGGAGAAGGGAGGCCAAGAAAAGACGGAUAAAAGAGACACUUCUGAUCUCAUCUUGGACCCUAGAGGGGUCCACAGGUGGGGACCCAAGGCCCAGCAAGCCCACUGGAUGGCCUGGGCAGGCAACAGCCUCCCUGUGCUUCAUUUGAGGGCACAGUGAGAGUUAUCCUUGGCCUCCCAGGGCCUACGUGAGUUACAUGUGAGUGGACAGGGGUGAGCUAAUAAAGUGCUUUGCAAAGUAUAAAA